AUGUCAACAGCAACCAGAGCAGGGGUGUAUGGUGGUGAAGGGAGUGACGCUAACGCGAAUGGCGUGGACAAAAGCCAAGCAGGGGAGCCAACCCCAGGUAGCAGCUCGAAACUACAGACACCUAAUGGGGUACUCAUCCAGGCGUCAGCAAUGCGUUUAGAGAUAGAUAAGAGCAUUUGUGAAGGCAAUUAUUUCCUGUUCAGCUGA